CCGCAAAUUUUACCAAAACGUUCGGCUAGCAUUAGUUCUACACCAGCUUUAAUUUUGCCUAACGUCGAACAAAAUGAUACGAUUAGCGCGUUAGCGCCUGCCUCUAUAUUGCACGAUAGUGCACCCAAUGUUAUGACCCCUAUCAGAAUACGUCAAAAGCCAUGCAAUUAUAAUCCGGCUGGAAAAUGUGCUAAUUGCCAGACCACUGAUACACCAGGAUGGCGGGCAGGUGAAACACCUGACCAAAAACUCUGCAACG